AUGAAGGAAGCAUCCCAGGAUAGCUCAGAGAUGAGCGCUGCGGAUUUCAUGGAGACCUUUCUGAUUAAGCAGAGCCCUCCACAAGAAAGCAUAGACUACUUCAAAUCUGUCCCCUGGCUCGCGAAGCACAUCUCAAAUCCAGCUUACAAGAUAGUUCCAACGUUUAGCAGGCAUCUAAAGACAUCCGGGGAGGACUACUACUUCUCCCGCACAAUAAACACCGAGCAAACGAUGCCUCACAUGAUCAGCCUCCAACUACGCAAUUUCGUCACACCAGACCUUACCGAAGCACAGCCUCGCGAGACAGUAUCGCCGGAAAGAUCACAUACGGCAAAAACAAUCGUGCCAGAGAAUCCCGACUGCCUCUUUUUGAUCUCCGUCGGCCCUCGAGGAUUAGACGGACAUCCUCUCACAAUCCACGGCGGAGUCACCUGCGCUAUUCUCGACGAGACCAUGGGAUUCCUUAUCAUGCUACACGACAACAACCUUCGAGGUCCUGGCCCGCGAGACAGUCUGUACACUGCCAAUCUGAAUGUGAGCUAUCGGGCUCCUGUGUCGACUCCAGGGGAGCUCCUGGUGAAGACGUGGUUGGUAAAAAGACAGGGAAGGAAAUGGUACUGUAAGGGACAGCUCGUGGACAUGAAGGGUACAGUAUUAGCCGAGGCAGACGGUUUAUGGGUUACGGCACGCAGAGAAAAAAUGUGA